CCAUGGAGGCUGCCGGAGCGGGAGCCACGCAGGGUGAGCCGUCUCGGGGAGCCCCGGGGGCAACGUCGCUGGUGGAAGUGGGAGCAGAUGACACAGGUGUUAUCCCUUUGAGAGAGAGUUCCGAUCCCUCCUCAGGAUCCUUGUCUCCCCGGAAGACCAAAACCAGUUUGGGAGGAACAGGAGAUAGUCUACCGACCACUGGCAGAAAUUGUGAUGAUGGAGCGCGAAUACAGAUGACCAGCUGUGGUAAAGAAGCUGGUGGGAUGUCACCUGAGUUGGGGGCUGUCUCGGCCGGUUCAAACGCCAGUCCCAGUCCAGGGAAUAAAGGUCUGCCGGGCCAUGCAGCCAAAACUUUCCCAUCGUCCCCUAGCAAAGCAGGUGGGCCCAGCCGAGCAAAGAUGUCCCUCACUGGGGCCAGCAAAUCCCCCACGUCUGUUCAGAGUCUAGCUAUGCGCCUGCUGAGUAUGCCUGGGUCACGGUUGCCUGGGGAUGCUGCGACUCCCUCCACCGAAGCUUCACCACCGGCUCCACCGCCUGCUCCAGCUCAGACUCCAGCCCCAGCAGCUGAGGAGGCCAAGCCCAAGGUUCACCGGGCCCGGAAAACCAUGUCUAAGCCCAACACCGGGCAGGUCCCUGAGAAGAGAGUUUCUGAAAUGCUGCACUUCCGAGUCCCGGAUGACCUGAGGAGCAUCGAAGAGCCAGAAGAACCUGCCAAGCGCCGGAAGUACGACUACAUGACCGACGCGAUGCACAAGAGAAUGCCUCUCUCUCUCCACCGGUCAAGUCCCAGAGCCACCACUGAGAUCACAGUGACGGAAGAGAUGGCUGCUCCCGCCACAGCCUCACAGGAGGAGAGAACUCAGGAGUGGGAGACAGAAGUGGGGGAUGACUUCAGCCUCUACUAUGACAGCUAUUCUGUGGAUGGCCAUGUUGACUCGGACAGCAAGGAGGAAGAUGAUGAUGAGGAUGAAGAUGAGGACGAUGAAGAAUCGGGUAACCUCUCUGACAGGAGUGUCGCCUCCAGCUCCAGGCGAAAGGCCAGGAAGCGCUGGCGGAAUGACAGCCCCUGGGUGAAGCCAUCCCAUAAACGCAAGCGUAAAGAGCCACACCCCAAGGACACCAGAGGACUGAAUGGUGGCCCUUCAGCCACACAGAGCGAGUACACAGAGGUGCCCCUGGGUUGUCUGGAGCUGCCGAACGAGGGGACACUCUCCCCCAACAAUGCAGGGGUGUCCAAUGAGACCAGUUCGCUGGAGACGGAGCGCUUUGAGGAGCUGCCCCUCUGCUCCUGCCGCAUGGAAGCCCCAAGCAUCGAACGCCUUAGCCAGCAGGCCGGAAAUCAGUGCAUGGCAACGGAAAGCGCCGACGGGGAGCUUAGCGGCUGCAGCAGCAGCAUCUUGAAGCGGGAGACAAUGCGUCCCUCGAGCCGGGUUCCCCUCAUGGUCCUGUGUGAGACGCAUCGAGCCAGAAUGGUGAAACACCACUGCUGUCCAGGUUGUGGCUACUUCUGCACUGCGGGCACCUUCCUGGAAUGCCACCCUGACUUCCGGGUGGCUCACCGCUUCCACAAGGCCUGUGUGUCCCAGCUCAACGGCAUGAUCUUCUGCCCGCAUUGUGGGGAAGACGCUUCUGAGGCUCAGGAGAUCACUAUAGCCAAGGCGGACACCUCCACUCCAGUCCCCGUUCCACCAUCCCACGGGCAGGGAGCCUCCGAGUCUACAGGCCGAGCUGACACAACCCAGCCCAGUGCUCGGAUGAGAGGGGGUUCAAGCAUAGAACCCCCACUGGAAGAUGUGCCAGGUCUUGGCGGCCCCGGAAUUGACAGUGCCGGCCCACGUCUGAUGCUGCCUAACGGGGCAGUGCUGUCUGCUCAGGGUCUCCCUACAGGUUCUGGGCGUGAACAACUGGAGCGUGCCCUAGUGGUACAGGAAUCUGAGCGACGCAAGAAGCUGCGAUUCCACCCUCGGCAGCUGUAUCUCUCCGUCAAGCAAGGGGAGCUCCAGAAAGUGGUACUAAUGUUGUUGGACAGCUUGGACCCCAAUUUCCAAAGCGAACAGCAGAGCAAACGUUUCCCACUGCAUGCUGCGGCACAGAAAGGAUACAUGGAGAUCUGUCACGUUUUACUGCAGGCCGGUGCCAACAUAAACACGGUGGACAAGCUACGCCGGACACCUCUGAUGGAAGCUGUCGCGAACAACCAUGUGGAGCUAGCACACUACUUGAUCAAAAGAGGUGGUUGCGUUUACACCAAGGAGGAUGACGGCUCUACAUGUCUCCAUCACGCCGCAAAGAAUGGGAACGUCGAGAUGGUCAGCUUGCUGCUCUCCACAGGGCAAGUGGAUGUUAAUGCUCAGGAUAGCGGGGGAUGGACCCCCAUUAUCUGGGCUGCGGAGCAUAAGCACCUGGAGGUGAUCCGCAUGCUGCUCACCCGUGGGGCUGACGUCACCUUGACUGACAACGAAGAGAACAUUUGCUUGCACUGGGCCUCCUUCACGGGAAGGCUGAACGCACAGUGCGAUCUCCAUGCGGUCAACUUCCAUGGAGACACGCCCCUGCACAUAGCUGCCCGGGAGAGCUACCAUGACUGUGUCCUCCUGUUCCUGUCGCGCGGGGCUGACACUGAAGUGCGGAACAAAGAAGGGGACUCCCCUGUGGAUCUGACCUUGGAGAAUUCAGAGGUGUGAUUUGCCUUGCAGCUCAACCGCAAGAUCCGCCAAGGCAUCCUUAACCGCUCCAUGCGCACAGAAUGCAUCAUCAGUAGGGACGUUGCCCGUGGCUACGAAAAUGUGCCUAUCCCCUGCGUCAACUCCGUGGACGAUGAGCCAUGCCCAGAGGAUUACAAAUACAUCUCGGAAAACUGCGAGACCUCCACCAUGAACAUUGAUCGCAACAUCACCCACUUGCAGCACUGCACGUGCCAGGACGACUGUUCCUCCAGCAACUGUCUGUGUGGGCAGCUCAGCAUUCGCUGUUGGUACGACAAGGACGGUCGUUUGCUGCAGGAAUUCAACAAGAUUGAGCCGCCCCUGAUCUUCGAAUGUAAUCAGGCCUGCAGCUGCUGGAGGAACUGCAAGAACCGCGUGGUGCAGAGCGGCAUCAAGGUCCGUUUGCAGCUGUACCGCACAGCCAAAAUGGGAUGGGGUGUCAGAGCACUGCAGACCAUUCCCCAGGGAACAUUUAUAUGCGAGUACGUGGGAGAGCUUAUUUCGGAUGCAGAAGCUGAUGUGAGGGAAGACGACUCCUACCUGUUCGAUCUCGAUAAUAAGGUGAGAUUUGACUACGGUGACCGCUUCUGGGACAUCAAGAGCAAGUACUUCACAUGCCAGUGUGGCUCGGAGAAGUGCAAACACUCGGCGGAGGCCAUUGCCCUGGAGCAGAGCCGCCUGGCCCGCCUGGAGGCCCACCAGGACCUGUUGCCAGAUGCGGGUGGCCUCCCUGCCACCCAGGCUUAAGCCGGGCCCAGCUGCCAAUCCCAAAUGCUGGGGUCUUCCUGCUUCUUCCACCGGCCGCGUGGUUCUCUUUCCGUGCAAGCAAGGGAGCGUGCUGGGACACGGCAGCGGUCUUGUCUUCUCCCUCCGGAGCUCCCAUUGGGGGGGAAAAAUGGGGAGUGAAGAGAGAUGGGGGAGUGAAAGAGAGAACUUCCCAUAGAUGGAAACCCUUUGGACAGAAAAAAGGGGAUAAGUAUCUGGGCUUGGAUGGUCUCUUCCUCCCACUGAGCAGGUCUGCAUAGCUUGAGACCUUUUGCUCUACAUACCAAGGGUGUACGGUGGCCUUCCAGGGCCUUGACUACCCCUGCUCCCUGCGGCAGGCACCAAAAACAAGAGGUCUAAAAUGUCCCUAGUGGGUUGCCGUACAUGAGCUGCCUUUGACUGGGGAGGGCGCAUCACAAGCUAUGCGAGGGUGGUCUAGACCCAGGAGCGGCCUAGAAAAAGGAUGGAUGGUUACGUUCAAGAUGGCAGUGCCUCCUGCUGGUGGAACAGUGUGUGCGUCUGCUUCAUGUGGGGGUCAAGCUAGAAAAGAAGGAAGUCACCGAUCUCUGUUUUAUCUUUAAAAGCUCAGUGACAGCCAGAAGGGCUGAGGGGGGGGUCUUGGUUUAGAUCAUGACCACAUGGGGAGGGCAGGCUUAGAACUUGUCCACUCUCAACAUGUUUUUGCUAAUCCAAACCACCACCAUGGCCCUUUGCCUUUUUAAAGGAAACGAUACCAGAGUGUGUCCAAUUUGGGGCUUUUAAAGGCCAAUGGAGACCCGUAACCUCUGUCACCUCUGCUCCUGCCCCUACUGUCUGUCUUUCCUCGUUGGUGUCUGGGAAACUUUGUACGUUUGUGGACUUCUUCUUGUUUUGGGCCAAGUACCUUUAGCUUUUUUCAUAACAAAAGAAUAAAUUUUAAAUUGGAGCCAAGAAUUCUUCACAUUUCUCUGCAAGCUUCCACUCGGGGAACUGGCGCCUCUGUUUUCUAGCUGCGUCCCUUUUCGUUUCCUGGAACAACAGGAGUCUGAUUCAGAUUCAAGGGGGGUGUCCCCCGUCUCUUUCUCUUUUGUGGGUUUUCAUUUUGUGUUUUGUUAAAACUAUAAUUUUUCUGG